AUGUACCAGUCCGGUGAUGACAUUCCCUCCAAAAUCGAGAAGAACAUAUUUGAAUCGUCUAUCAGUGAACUGAAGAAGAAGACGUUUGUAACAGCUGCUGACAUUGAACGCUAUGGCGACAACGGAGUCACAGAGGAAUAUACCAAGGCUUACCGGCAAUCCCUGGAAGAUCCAGAAGGAUUCUGGGCAGAAGUUGGACAUGAAUUACAUUGGACAAAACCGUGGGAUCGUGUGCUGGAUGACACUAAUCGGCCUUUUACCAAAUGGUGGGUGGGUGGCGAGAUGUCGGUGUGCUACAACGCAGUGGACCGCCACGUGGCUGCUGGCCGCGGUGAACAAGUGGCACUCGUCCAUGAUUCCCCUAUGACUGACACCGUGCGCCGGAUCACCUAUACCGAGCUUCAGAACCAGGUGUCCCGCCUGGCCGGUAAGCUGAUGGACCUUGGGGUCAGUAGGGGUUGCCGCGUGCUCAUCUAUAUGCCACUCAUACCAGAGGCUAUUGUCGCCAUGCUCGCGACCAACAGGAUCGGAGCUAUUCACUCAGUUGUUUUCGGAGGUUUUGCAGCGAGGGAACUAAGAACCCGUAUCGAACAUGCACAGCCAACGGUAAUCAUUGCAGCAAGUUGCGGCGUGGAGCCUAAUAAAAUUGUAAGGUACAAAGAUAUCCUGGAUGAAGCGCUGUGCCAAAGUUCACAGCAACCGCGCUGCUGCAUAAUAUACCAGAGGCGACGCGUGCUAGAAUGUCAGAUGGAGAAGGGCCGCGAUAUAUGCUGGGAAGAGGCGCUCGAAGCAGAACCAGUAUCUUGUGUGUCGGUGGAAGCCAACGAGCCACUUUACAUUCUUUAUACAUCAGGUACAACUGAUGACCCGAAAGGCAUCCAGCGUCCAUGCGGUCAUGCAGCUACUCUAUGCUGGACCAUGCAUGCGGUAUAUGGUCUGCGCAAAGGCGUUUGGUGGUCUGCGUCAGACCUAGGAUGGGUCGUGGGUCACUCUUAUAUCUGCUAUGGUCCUCUGCUUGCCGGAUUAACAUCCGUUCUAUAUGAAGGGAAGCCGGAUAGGACGCCUGAUCCUGGACAAUACUUUAGAAUUAUAGAACAACAUCGAGUCAAUGCCCUGUUUACUAUACCCACGGCAUUCAGAGUGCUGAAACGUAUUGACCCCAAUGCGAAGCACGCGCGCCGCUACUGUUGCAAGUCGCUGCGAACUGUAUUCAUAGCUGGCGAGCAUUGUGACCAGGAUACUCGGAACUGGGCGGAGCGCAUCCUGAAUGUACCGGUGUUGAACCAUUGGUGGCAGACGGAGACCGGGUCCCCGGUAACCGCGGCGUGUCUGGGAUACAACGUCAAGUCUGUCCCGCCGCACUCUGCCGGAUACCCUGUACCCGGCUAUGAUGUGAGAGCCUUGAGAGAAGACGGCACGGAGUGCCAGCUUGGUGAAGUCGGCAGAUUGGUCUUGAAACUGCCUCUGCCUCCAGGGUUUGCAUCUACGUUAUGGCAAGCGGAUGAGCGCUUCAAAAAAGUUUACUUCGAGUCUUACCCAGGCUACUACGACACACAAGACGCCGGCUGGGUGAGCUCGGACGGCGCGGUGUGGGUGGUAGCGCGCGCGGACGACGUGAUCAACGUGGCCGGGCACCGGCUGUCCACCGCCGCGCUGGAGGACGUGGUGCUGAAGCACGCCCGCGUCGCCGACGCCGUCGUGGUGGGCGCACCCGACCCCACCAAGGGCGACGUGCCGCUCUGCUUGUACGUCAUGAGGCCGCCGCAGGAUGACGAAGAAAUUGUAGCUGAGAGUACCGUGACCCAGGAAUUGAUCGCCCUCGUCCGGCACCUCAUAGGACCGAUCGCGGCAUUUAGGAAAGCAGUCGCAGUACCAGCUUUGCCUCGCACUAGGUCCGGCAAAGCCCUACGCGGCGCUAUCGCCAAACUAGCCAGAUCUCAACUAGUAAAACUGCCAGCCACUAUAGAAGAUGCCACCAUUUUUGGAGAAAUAAAAAUCGCAUUGCAGAGGUGUGGGUAUGCGAUUGAUGCUCCUGACCCUGAGCUGACUUGUUGA